UGAUGCAAGCGGCCGUGCGCGCCGGCGCAGACGGGCGCGCCCUGGAGUAGGGGUGGGGAGCGCGGCGGAGAGCAGCGCCCGGACGGGCACUGCCGAGUGCGUUAACCUAGGAGCGACCAUGCCCCGGGACAACAUGGCCUCCCUGAUCCAGCGGGUGGCCAAACAGGCCCGCAUCACCUUCCGGGGCCCGGCGCCGGGGCCGAGCUUCGGUGAGAACCUGCACCGGCUGCAGCAGCUGCUGAACGAGGUGCGGGCCGAGGACCUGCACCUCGUCCCGCGGGGCCCGGCGGCCGUGCCGGGGGCGGGCUGCUCGCGAGCCGGGGCCGGGGCCGGAGCGGUGCCGCCGGUGAGCUACAUGCACAUCUGCGAGACGGAGAGCUUCAGCAUGGGCGUGUUCCUGCUGCGGAGUGGGGCCUGCAUCCCGUUGCACGACCACCCGGGCAUGAACGGCAUGCUCAAGGUGCUCUACGGCAGCCUGCGCAUUGCCUGCCUGGACCCGCUGCCCCCCGCCGCGCCGCCCGGCGCCCGCCGCCGCGCCCUGCUCCGCUCGCGCCAGCUCUGCACGCCGGCCUCGCCGCCCUGCCUGCUCUCGCCGCACACCGACAACCUGCACCAGAUCGACGCCGUGGACGGGCCGGCCGCCUUCCUCGACAUCCUGGCGCCCCCCUACGACCCUGAGAACGGCCGGGACUGCCACUACUACCGCCUGCUGGAGGCGUCCGCCGGCCCCGCUGCCGAUCCCCACGCCUUGCCCCGGGAGGUGUGGCUGGUGGAGACCCCGCAGGCGGCGGAUUUCUGGUGUGGCGGAGAGCCCUACCCCGGGCCCAAGGUCUCCCCUUGAAGCCGGCGCGGCCCUCUCACGGUGAGGCUGCGCCAGAGCCCUCUGAGGACGGACCGCUCCCCCCUCCCUCGACUACUUCUUCCCCGGUAGGGAUCGUGUGGGGCCGCUGGAAUAGGGGGCCCCUCCUCCUCCUUCUCCUCCUCCAGCAGGAGGUCGAAGAGCCGACAGCAGCGGGACGGGAGGAUCUGGCUUGUGCCGUGGCUCACUCGAGAUGUCGCAGCGGCUGCACUCGCUGUACAAAAGCCAUAGCCACGAUUCCCUUCCCAGCCGCCUUUGAAGUAAUGUUAGUCACUACAGCAGGCCUAUCUCCUAGUCCGGGGGUGCGGAAAGCCACUCCCCAGCCUCCCUGGGGCAGUUGGAUGCGUUGGGAGAGUGUAUGUGUGCAUGUGUUGGGCUAUCAUUUUCUCAGUUCAGCUCAUCAGUUCUAAGAAUGAAGCAUCCAGCUGCUGGGGCCAUAGGCUGCACUCUUCUAGGGUACUGUUUCUCUACCAAUGGAUAAUUGCAGUAGAAACAACUUUUUAUGCACAGACCAUGCCCCAGAGGAGCUGAUUGCCACUAAACUAAGGGUGAACAAAUCUUGUGUGUUUCUGCCAAUGGCCUACACAGGAGAGCAGUUUCUGGGGCAGAUUAUGGUACCAUUUCCCUGUCCAAAUCAUCAGAAAGACACCAGCCAAUUAACUCACACAGGAAACCCAAAUCAUAACCCUGGGUGAUUUGGUGUGCUUGAUCAAAGCAGUUAUACAAACUUAGCUGCUUAAUGGUGGCUGAGCAUCUCCUACUCCUGACUAACGAGAAUAGCAAUAUCCAGCCAGAACUACUGCUGUUAAUGACAUAGACUGUAUUUGCACGAAAGCUACAAAACUAAAACCUCUUUGUGCUUACUGUCAAGCUUUUUGAGUGGAGGGCACUAAACGACCCAGUGGAUUUUUUUUCUCCUUUUGACUGAUGUGAAGACUUGCAAAAGUAGUACUGUUUAAACUUCCACACAACAGAAUGUUAAAGUAAAUAUCAGUAUUUUGUCUAACCACUUAAGAAACCCCUCUUUCAUCCCCCCUCCUUCCUAAAGUUAAGAGAAUAAAUGCAAUAAGAAACUUCACUCUUCUAUAAGGCAUGUUUGUAAGUGAUCUGAAAACUCAAAGGUGGUAUUUCCAGCCUGUCUAGUCCCACUGACAGUGACUCCUCAAAUGCAGCUUCCCUACUUUGUGGGUAGGAAUAGAGAGUUUAUCCCCACAACCCAAGGUAAUAAACAAAUGGGGAAUCUUCUGUGUUUGUUGGGGACUGUCUCUGAAAUGAGCAUCAAGAAGAUCUAUAUGGAACUAGCAAGACACUGAAAACUCUUGGGCCAGGAAAUGCUACUAGAAUUAACACUAGCCAUUUCUAAGGUUACAGUUAAUUAUAAAUUAAGGUUUGUCACAUUUUAAAGGGACAUUGUCAGAUAAACUACUUUAAACAUUCCUUAAGUUACAUAAAACAUAAGAUUAAAACUGAAAACUUGUAAAAUUCUUUGCUAUUUAUGUUUGUACAUUUCUUUGAUUAAUGAAAAUAGAACAGCUUCUAAUCAAUUUCACUUUAAAGCGCUCAUGCAGCCCUGUGUUAGGUGGAAACACUACACAAAGUUGUUGUUUUUUUAAACUUCAUUGCUUUUUAAAUGUUUUGUGGGAAUUCUUCUAGUGGUCUUAGAGCUGUAUAUAAACACAAUCCUUUAAAUUUGGGACCAGAUUUGACCUGAGGACAUCCCUUGAAAGUGAGGCCUACAUUUUGAUACAUAACAGAACAUUACAGGCUUUAUAAGCCUUGUGUUUUCUCUCUUUAUAAAGAUUGCUUUUUCAUAAGGCUUUUCAUAAACAUAUGUAAAGGAAACAGUGAAUUUUGCUUUGCUAUGGUGUAAGCAGUUUUGAGGUUUAGUUUGCCUGUGAUAGAGAGUAUGACCUUUCUAACAAUGGAGAUACUUUUUCUAUUAGUGAAAUAUUCUGUUUAUACUACAGGGAAAGAUUUUAUGUGCCUGCAUAUCUUAAUACAUACUUUCUACCAGAGACCCAAACUUGGGUAGCCUUGACUUUCCUAGUCUCGUAGUAGUGACUUGAACAGAAAAAAUAUUGACUUAACCCCUUCAUAAUUGAUAUACGAACCUGUUCUGGAAGUUUUCCCUUCACUAUUUUUUCUUUGCUUUGUGCAUUUUAAAAGCAGGUUUGUUUUUCCUGUAUAGUUGCUUAUGUAUGAGUUUUAAAAUAAUCCUUUUGUGGCUGUGUAUUUAACAAUACUUCAAGGAGCUUGUUCUUGCCUGCAAAAGAUUGGAUAUGAAAUGCACUGGAACACACACUACAUUUUCAAAUCUGUUUUCUGAAAAAUGGAAGAUGUUAUUUCAUGCAGUUUUCAUUUAUUUUUUGGCACUUCAAAGUGCCUGAUUUCUACAGCUGCCAUACUUGCUUCUCCUGGAAUUCCAUUGCAGCUCAGCUUUAAAUAAUAAAUAUGCAGUGAGAUCACAUGUUCUCUUAUAUUUAGGGGUAAUGCAGUUCUUCGGUAUAUUGUAAUAUGAGUCUAAUUCUCUGUUCUGUAACACUAAUGAAGACCUUUUUUUCAGAAUUCCUUAUGGAAAACAGCGUGUAGGGUGCAAGCAGCUCUACUGGAAAUACAAACUGCUCCAAAGAGAAUUUUUAUCUAACCUGUUUUAGUCUCUCUUGUCUUUCUGCUCUCUCUUUUUGCUGUCAGUUUUACACCAUAUGUAAAAACUAGUCAUGAUGUUUAAUGGGAUGUGACUUUAAUGCAUCUUUAAUGGUAGUGAUCCCUUACCUUGCGUGAUUGUUGCCAGAUCAUCAUAGCAGAAGCUUUAUUAAAGUGGAGCUAAAAGGACCAGUAUUAAAACAAGUCCUAGUGCCAGGAAGAAACAAACAACUAAGAUGCAUUAAAGAAAAGCCUUUUUGUUUAACAGGUUUUGCAACCUUCAUAUACUUAGUAAUUAGAAUUUACUUCAAAUGCUCUUACUAACUUUAAACGGAAGGCUCAAGUCUGUAUUGCUGUUCUUUCUCACUGCAGCGUGGGUAUUGUAAUUUUGCAGUUAUGAAAACACUGCUGUUGAUGAUGAACUAUAGAAUAAAUACAGGAUAUCUCACA